CUUUCUUGCAGUUAUCUACUACAAACUUUCUGGCUCCUCUUCCCCAUGCAUCCUUGAGUCUUGAGGGGUGCUUGUUCCCACUGAAGGUGUCUUCCAGAGACACUUUGCGACAGUACCACUGAAGGAUAAUGUCAAGUAAAACUGCUUCCCACCAUACAACAAAGAAGCCAGAGCCACAGAAGGUUUCGAAAAAAAAAAAAAAAAAAAAAAAGACAGUGAUGUUAUCCCAGGAGUUUGUCCCAGAACUUUCAUCCAUUUCCAUAUCUUUGAGUAUGAUCUCUGUGGUUUAGAAAUCCCACGUUCCACUGUUGUCAAAGAAAAGUUGCCUUCAACCUUUGCCCUGCAAGCACCAGAAGAGAGCUCAUAAAAAGGAAGACAGCAGCAGAUGCAAUCACGGAUGUGGCUUAGUCCUCACGGCUGCCCCGAGAGCUGUUCAGAGUGUACGAGCCUCAGCCAUGAAUCCAGAAGAGCACGUCGUUACAUGGCUUAUAUCUUUGGGAGUUUUAGAGUCUCCCAAAAAGACUAUCUGUGAUCCAGAGGAGUUCUUGAAGUCCUCACUGAAAAAUGGGGUAGUGUUGUGUGAACUCAUCAACAGACUUGUGCCUGGCUCGGUGGAGAAGUAUUGUCUGGAGCCCCAAACUGAAGCCAACUGCAUCGACAACAUCAAUGACUUUCUGAAAGGAUGUGCAACCCUUCAAGUGGAAGUAUUUGAGCCUGAUGACCUUUAUUCAGGGGCAAAUUUCUCCAAGGUUCUGAAUACUCUUUUAGCUGUCAACAAGGCAACAGAAGAUCAGCUAUCAGAAAGACCAUGUGGACGGUCCUCUUCUCUUAGCGCUACCACCAGCUCUCAGACGAACCCACAGGCUGCAGUUCUCAGCGCAACUCCAGAGCAGCAAAGCCAAGCAAAAGCAGUGGAAAUGACGGAAAAUGGAAGUCACCAGUUGAUAGUAAAGGCAAGAUUCAACUUCAAGCAGACUAAUGAAGAUGAACUGUCAGUCUGUAAAGGGGACAUAAUUUAUGUCACCCGAGUUGAAGAAGGAGGCUGGUGGGAAGGCACAUUAAAUGGGAGAACAGGAUGGUUCCCUAGUAAUUAUGUCCGAGAAAUUAAACCUAGUGAGAGACCUCUGUCUCCUAAGGCUGUCAAAGGAUUUGAUGCUGCUCCACUUACCAAGAAUUACUACUCUGUGGUGUUACAGAACAUCUUGGACACUGAAAAAGAAUAUGCCAAAGAACUCCAGUCUCUUCUUGUUACUUAUCUAAGACCCUUGCAGUCUAAUAAUAACCUGAGUUCUGCGGAGUUUACAUGUUUAUUGGGAAACUUUGAAGAAGUAUGCACAUUUCAACAGACACUCUGCCAAGCCCUGGAAGAAUGUUCAAAGUUUCCAGAAAACCAGCACAAAGUAGGAGGCUGCCUACUGAACCUCAUGCCUCAUUUUAAAUCGAUGUACCUGGCUUACUGUGCAAAUCAUCCUUCAGCUGUCAGUGUGCUCACCCAGCACAGUGAUGAUGUAGAACGCUUCAUGGAAAAUCAAGGUGCGUCCAGCCCAGGUAUCCUUAUUUUAACAACAAGCCUCAGCAAACCAUUUAUGCGCCUGGAAAAGUAUGUUACUCUCUUGCAAGAACUGGAAAGACAUAUGGAGGAAACUCAUCCAGAUCAUCAGAAUAUUAUGAAAGCAAUCAUAGCAUUCAAGACACUCAUGGGGCAGUGCCAAGAUCUGAGAAAGAGAAAACAACUGGAAUUGCAGAUCCUUUCAGAACCUAUUCAGGCAUGGGAAGGAGAUGAUAUUAAGACCUUGGGAACUGUGAUCUUUAUGUCACAAGUAAUGGUGCAGUAUGGAACCUCCGAUGAAAAAGAGGAACGGUAUUUGAUGCUGUUUUCAGAUGUCUUGAUAUUGUUGUCUGCAAGUCCUCGGAUGAGUGGCUUUAUCUAUCAGGGAAAAAUAUCAACAGCAGGAAUGGUGGUGACUAGAUUAGAUGAAAUUGAAGGGAAUGACUGCGCAUUUGAAAUCACAGGUAGCAUGAUAGAGAGAACUGUGGUCUAUUGCAACAAUAACGAGGACUUCCAGGAAUGGUUGGAGCAGCUCAACAGACUGACCAGAGGACCAGCAUCUUCUAGUUCGUUGUCUAAGACCUCCUCCUCAUCAUGUAGUGCUCAUUCUUCUUUUAGCUCUGCCGGACAGUCUCGAGGACUCUUGGAGCCUCCUCAAAUUUUAAAACCAUGGAGUUUAAGUUGCCUACGACCUGCACCUCCCCUUAGACCAUCAGCAGCACUAGGUUAUAAAGAGAGGAUGUCUUAUAUCUUAAAGGAAUCUGGUAAGAGCCCCAAAACGAUGAAGAAGUUUCUUCACAAAAGAAAGACAGACAGAAAAACAUCUGACGAAGAAUAUGUGAUUAGAAAAAGUACUGCUGCCCUGGAAGAGGAUGCUCAGAUUCUCAGGGUGAUUGAAGCUUAUUGUACCAGUGCCAGUUUUCAACAAGGUACUCAUAAAGAUUCUGCUCCACAAGUACUACUCCUUGAUGAAGAGAAAGUCAUUACUGAAGAAACCAGAAGUGGCGAGCAGACCAUCACUGAAGAGAAGAGCCUUGUUGAUACUGUGUAUGCCUUGAAGGAUGAGGUCAAAGAACUGAAGCAGGAGAACAAGAAAAUGAAGCAAUGUCUGGAAGAAGAAUUGAAGUCGAGGAAGGACCUAGAAAAACUUGUCUGGAAGCUGUUGAAGCAAACAGAUGAGUACAUUCGAGCUGAGCCCAGCAGCAAGACAAUGAUUCUCCCAUAACAAUUCCUGUACAGCUGAGCACUGUGAAAUGGCCGGAUGGUCAGCUGAAUGAUUUAACUGUGCACUUCAGAUUUUGCUUUGUGUUGGGAUUCUUUCUCUCUUUCUCCCUGUCAUUUCCUCCCUCUCUCCCCCCUCCUCUGUUUGCUCCAGUGUUUGCUGCUUGGUUAUUAGUUAGUUGAUAUUUGUUUUAAUAAGAGAAAUAGCCUGAGGUGGUGGUAAAAAUGGCCCCAAUACUUUGCUAUGCCCAACAGCGUUUUACCACCUACUUCGCUGAAGGCAAAACUUCUCGGGCUAUGUCUAGAUUAGGUAACGAUCAACACCUUUGCCCAAUGAUCCAGCUACCUUUCCCUUGAAUGUCACACAGCCCCCUUCAAUACUUUAAAAACUUAUUGCCCUGUGUUGUCUGUUAAGAUUAAGAACAGUGUAGUCCCAGUGUUCCUUUGUGCUGGUGUGCAUUUAAAGUCAGAGUGGUAGGAACUCCAACCAUCCACACCAGCACCAAGUCUGUCAGCAAACUGCUUCAGGCAAUCCCCCUCAGCAGCAGGGCAGAGCAGCUUGACUAAGCAGCUAGUACUAGUGCACUGUAGCUUUACCGCCCAGCCUUCUGCCUCUGUGUAAAUUUUCUACCUCUCCUCACCCCAUGCUUUUUAGCUUACCAUACCAAGAGGUGUGUAAAUUAGUUUGGACAGUGACUUUACCAUGAAUAUUCAAACUACAACCUUUUCACCUUUCUGAACAAAGUGAGUGAGAAGAUAUUGUACCCCAGUAACACACCUUCCCCCACCAUCUUAUUAAGCUCUGGUUUCUGCAGUGAGAAGUUAAAAUCAUCACUGACCUCCUUGGAGCAGGCCUCAAAUAUGGUGAACCAGUUUGUGUAUCUCAAGUUAAAGGGCCUCUCCACUAGCUAUGCUGGUUGCUAGUGAAACUGAUUGUCUGAAACCAGUUUGCUCAAGUUGUUUAGAAUGUCAAACCAUUGACUUUGUUAGUAGUCCAGACACCUGAACUGUGAGAAAGCAGGUUCAGAAGAGAGCCCCAGAAGAACACGUUAUACCUAAAUUCAACAUGAGUCAAAAUGGGCCAAGGCUACAGGAUGGAGCAGCACAGCUCUUGCCUACCUCUUCAGAUGGCAGGGCAACUUGACCAGAUGGAAAGUUACUGUGAAAAGAGGCAAAAAGCCAAUGAAAGUCUUCUACAUAUAUUUGAUGGGUGACUGCAAGUGCUCUUUCAAAAAAACUUGAGGCCUAAAAGCUUGUUGAGGAGCCCUUUCUCUUCCUGGUAUGAAGGCUCUCAAGUUCCAUAAUUUCAUGGUACAUGGAAAACAUUAUAGCACCCCCAGAAAAUGGAGGAUUGGAGAAGUCAAACCUCAGACAAUCAUGCACAGCCAUCUUUGUCAACUUAAAGUGUGAAGGGUAAGAACAGCUGUCCUGUUCCUAAGCCCAGAGAUUUCUGUGAGACAUCUUUUAUGUAAAAUUUAAGAAAGAAACAGCAGUAGCAACCCAGAUGUUCACAUGUGUCCUGUCUGUGCUUAGUCAAUAGUUGGCAAUAAAUGUGCAAAUUUUGUCUCUAGGAAA